GACAAAUUGGCUUGAAAAGAAUAAGGACCCUCUUAACGAUACUGUAGCUGCAUGCUUGAAAGUAUCACAAGGGAAUACCCUUUUGAAUGAGAUAUGGUCCGAUUAUGUAACACAGGAAGAAGCAUCAAAGGCAUCCAAAUCCGGUGGUCAUCGUAAAGGCAAAUCCGGUUCAUUUAUGACCGUAUCGAUGCUCUACCGCGAAUCUCUCAACAACCUCAUGUCAAUGCUCUACUCAACUCAUCCACACUUCAUUCGAUGCAUUAUUCCGAAUGAAAAGAAGAAAUCAGGUCUUUUGGAUGCUGCGCUCGUUCUAAAUCAACUCACCUGUAACGGUGUACUGGAAGGGAUUCGUAUCUGCCGUAAAGGAUUCCCAAAUCGUUUACCACAUCCAGACUUCGUCGAACGCUAUGCACUGCUAUGUGCAGAUGAGUCAACCUCAAGCCCAGAUCCAAAGGAAUGCGUCAAUAAAAUGCUCGAGAAACUGAUUUCAGAAGGUUCGAUGAACGAGAAUAUGUUCAAAGUCGGACUUACAAAGGUUUUCUUCAAAGCUGGUGUUUUGGCACAUCUGGAAGACCUUCGUGAUAUGCGCUUAGCCCAACUCAUCGCAGGAUUCCAAGCUGAAAUUCGCCAUUAUUGUAAACAAGUUGUCGUGCUCAUGCUCUGGCUUGGGCCUGAUGCUCACGCUGAAAGUGGGCUGAAAUGGCCUGGAAUUUUACAGGUUGUCGCGGUUUUCUUCUUGCAACAUUUCAGAUAUGAUGGAUGGAUUGAUUUGAAGGAACGUCGCGAGAAAUUGGCAGCAACAAUAGUGAUUCAAACGAAUGUUUCGGAUUGGGCAAACCUAAUGAGAUGGCCAUGGCUUUCACUCUUCAUCAACACAAUGCCGAUUGUGAGAGCAAGUAAACUGGAGGAGGUGAUGGAACAAGUUAAAGUGGACAUUAGCAGUUUUGAACAGAAAAUAACGCUGAAGAAUCGGGAGCGAGAAGAAUUAGAAGAGCAACUUCGGAUGGUUUUGGCUCAAAAGAACGCUAUCAUCGAUGAAAUCAAGAGCUCGAAGUCGGGCAAUACAGAACUUGAGGAUCAAAUUGACCAUUUGACAACACAUAACACACAACUGGAAACUGACAUAGACAGUAUGACGGCGGAAUUGAGAAGUGAAGAAGAACGAACAGAGAAAGAGAAGAUGAAUGUGAAGAAGCUAGAGGAAUUCAUUGAAGGCAUACGAAAAAGUCUACAGGACGCUGAACUUGGAAAACGAAAAUCAGCGGCGGAAAAAACGGCAAAGGACAAUCAAAUGCAUUCGCUACGUGAGGAAAUUGCUCAGCAAGAAACGCAAAUUCUGAAACUUCAAAAGGAACGAAAGGCACAAAAUGAACGAAUGACUAAACUGAAAGAGGAUUUGAGAGAACGCGAGCAAAGGAAUGAAAACAACGCAAAAAUGUUCAAAAAACUUGAGCAAUCAACGAAUGAGCUUGAAGAUGAAGUGCAAACGGAGAAACGACGUCGUUCGGACAGUGAAAAAGAGAAGCGAAAAGUUGAAGGUGAUGUGCGCAUUGAACGAGAACGCAUCGACGAGAUCGAGCAAGAACACAAGGAUUUGCAGUCGAGAAGUAAGCGAAAAGAAGCAGAGUCGCACUCUUUGAGUGCACAACUGGAACAGGAACAAGCCGCAUUGGCGCGUUUAGCGAAGCAGUGCAAAGAAUGUGAGGUCAAAGCUGAGGCACUCGAGGAGGAACGAGACGCUGAGUGUGCGGCUCGAAGUCGAGCCGAACGA